GAAAAGAGCACGGCGCCCAAGGCGAGGUCGGCACUCCCCGUCCCCGCGGCUGGCGCAGGACCUCGCUCGAGCGGAGCGCGCACGGGGAGCGGGUCGCGGGGCGGCGGCGGCGGCGAGGAGGCGGCGAGAAGGAGUCGGAGGGGGCGAGGAGGCGAGGGCGGCGAGCCGAGCGGGGUCCCGGCCGCCCCGCGGGCCAAGGUCGACCCCCCGCGCGUGGGCGAGCGCGCCAGCCGGCCCCGGCGCGAGGGCCACCGCCACAAAGAGAACGCCGGCGGCUGCUCCCCAUGACUUCCUAGAGCGCGCGGUCCCCGCCGAGUCCGCUCCCUCCCGGGCCGCGCCCCGCGCCCCCGUGCGUCCCCGCGCGCCCCGACCCGCGCCCCGCCGGCAUGGACGUCCACACCCGCUGGAAAGCGCGCAGCCCGCCGCGCCCGGGCGCCCCGCUGCUGUCCCCACCGCUGCUGCUGCUGCUGCUGCUGCUGUGGGCGCCGCCUCUGAGCCGCGCAGCUCAGCCAGCAGAUCUCCUGAAGGUUCUAGAUUUUCACAACUUGCCUGACGGAAUAACAAAGACAACAGGUUUUUGUGCAACGCGGAGAUCUUCCAAAGGCCCAGAUGUCGCUUACAGAGUCACGAAAGAUGCUCAGCUCAGCGCACCUACCAAGCAGCUGUAUCCUGCGUCUUCAUUUCCCGAGGACUUCUCCAUUCUAACCACUGUGAAAGCCAAGAAAGGCAGCCAGGCCUUCCUGGUCUCCAUCUACAAUGAGCAGGGCAUCCAGCAGAUCGGCCUGGAAAUGGGCCGCUCUCCGGUUUUCCUCUAUGAGGACCACACAGGGAAACCAGGGCCAGAGGACUAUCCCCUCUUCAGGGGCAUCAACCUGUCGGAUGGCAAGUGGCACAGAAUCGCUCUCAGCAUCCACAAGAAGAACGUCACCUUGAUCCUGGAUUGUAAAAAGAAGACCACCAAGCCCCUCGACCGCAGCGACCACCCCGUAAUCGACGUCAACGGCAUCAUCGUGUUUGGAACCCGGAUCCUGGAUGAGGAAGUGUUUGAGGGUGACAUCCAGCAGCUGCUCUUUGUCUCGGACCAUCGGGCGGCUUACGAUCACUGUGAGCACUACAGCCCAGACUGUGACACCGCGGUCCCCGACACCCCCCAGUCACAGGAUCCCAACCCGGAUGAAUAUUACCCAGAAGGAGAAGGGGAAGGUGACGCGUACUACUACGAGUACCCCUACUACGAGGACACAGAGGACCCGGGCAAGGAGCCCGCCCCCACCAACAAGCCCGUGGAAGCUGCUAGAGAGACCACAGAGAUUGCCGAGGAGCAGACCGCAGCCCCCACGGCAGCCCCCUCAGUGCCCGACACCAGCGAGGGGGCCGGGAAGGAGGACGACCCCGGCCUCGGGGUCUACGACUACAUGCCCAGCGAGGACUACUACACGCCCGCCCCGUAUGAGGACCUGAACUACGAGGGCUUCGAGAAUCCCGACCUGCCCCCCGAUCACGGCGCAGGGGCCGAGGUUCCCACCAGCACGACCAGCACGGCCAACGCCUCCAACCCUGCUCCGCCUCCGGAAGAUGACUUGGAAGGCGAGUUUACGGAAGAAACCAUCAGGAACCUGGACGAGACCUACUACGACCCCUACUACGACCCCACGGUGUCCCCGUCGGAGAUAGGGCCGGGCAUGCCCGCCAACCAGGACACCAUCUACGAAGGGAUCGAAGGACCCCGAGGAGAGAAGGGCCAGAAGGGAGAGCCUGCCAUCAUCGAACCAGGCAUGCUUAUGGAGGGGCCGCCGGGCCCCGAAGGCCCCGCAGGUCUCCCAGGACCUCCGGGAACGAUGGGACCCACUGGCCAAGUGGGUGACCCUGGAGAAAGGGGUCCCCCUGGACGCCCAGGCCUUCCAGGGGCUGAUGGGCUGCCCGGCCCUCCUGGAACCAUGCUCAUGUUGCCCUUCCGCUUUGGAGGGGGCGGUGACGCUGGCUCCAAGGGCCCCAUGGUGUCGGCUCAGGAGUCCCAGGCUCAGGCCAUCCUGCAGCAGGCCCGGCUGGCGUUGAGGGGGCCAGCUGGCCCGAUGGGUCUGACGGGGAGGCCCGGCCCCAUGGGCCCUCCGGGGAGCGGAGGUCUGAAGGGCGAGCCGGGAGACAUGGGGCCUCAGGGUCCCCGAGGAGUGCAGGGCCCGCCUGGCCCGGCCGGAAAGCCUGGAAGACGGGGCCGAGCUGGGAGUGACGGAGCAAGAGGGAUGCCGGGGCAAACGGGCCCAAAGGGCGACCGCGGCUUCGACGGCCUGGCUGGACUGCCGGGGGAGAAGGGCCACCGGGGUGACCCUGGUCCUUCUGGCCCGCCAGGACCUCCGGGAGAUGAUGGAGAUCGGGGUGAUGAUGGAGAAGUCGGGCCCAGAGGGCUGCCCGGGGAACCCGGGCCGCGUGGUCUGUUGGGGCCAAAGGGGCCCCCGGGCCCUCCUGGACCUCCGGGUGUGACGGGUAUGGAUGGCCAACCAGGUCCGAAAGGAAACGUGGGCCCCCAGGGAGAGCCCGGCCCCCCGGGACAGCAGGGCAAUCCAGGUGCCCAGGGUCUCCCAGGCCCCCAGGGUGCAAUCGGUCCUCCAGGGGAAAAGGGUCCCCUGGGGAAACCAGGCCUGCCAGGAAUGCCCGGUGCUGACGGACCCCCGGGGCACCCUGGCAAGGAAGGCCCUCCAGGAGAGAAAGGAGGCCAGGGUCCACCCGGCCCCCAGGGCCCCAUCGGCUAUCCGGGUCCCCGAGGAGUCAAGGGAGCUGAUGGCAUCCGCGGUCUGAAAGGCACCAAGGGCGAGAAGGGUGAAGAUGGCUUUCCUGGGUUUAAAGGCGACAUGGGAACCAAGGGCGAUCGGGGGGAGAUCGGCCCCCCUGGUCCCAGAGGAGAGGAUGGCCCCGAAGGCCCGAAGGGUCGUGGAGGUCCAAACGGCGACCCGGGUCCUCUGGGACCCCCUGGGGAGAAGGGAAAACUCGGAGUGCCGGGAUUACCAGGUUACCCGGGAAGACAAGGGCCCAAGGGUUCUAUCGGAUUUCCUGGCUUUCCUGGUGCCAACGGAGAGAAGGGCGGCAGGGGCACACCUGGGAAGCCAGGACCACGGGGGCAGCGAGGCCCGACGGGUCCGAGGGGCGAACGGGGCCCCCGGGGCAUCACUGGGAAGCCCGGCCCCAAGGGCAACUCUGGAGGCGAUGGCCCCGCUGGCCCUCCGGGUGAACGGGGACCCAACGGACCCCAAGGACCCACCGGUUUCCCUGGACCCAAGGGCCCUCCUGGCCCUCCGGGCAAGGACGGGCUCCCGGGACACCCUGGACAGAGAGGCGAGACCGGUUUCCAAGGCAAGACCGGCCCCCCAGGGCCCCCGGGCGUCGUGGGCCCUCAGGGUCCCACGGGAGAAACGGGUCCAAUGGGCGAGCGUGGCCACCCCGGGCCCCCAGGCCCCCCCGGUGAGCAGGGGCUCCCCGGCCUUGCCGGGAAAGAAGGGACGAAGGGGGACCCAGGUCCCGCCGGCCUCCCUGGGAAAGACGGCCCUCCUGGACUACGUGGUUUCCCUGGGGAUCGGGGGCUUCCCGGUCCAGUGGGCGCACUCGGACUGAAAGGCAGCGAAGGCCCCCCUGGCCCGCCAGGCCCCGCGGGAUCCCCCGGAGAGAGAGGCCCGGCCGGUGCUGCUGGGCCCAUCGGAAUCCCCGGGAGACCCGGGCCCCAAGGACCUCCAGGGCCGGCUGGGGAGAAAGGGGCUCCUGGUGAGAAGGGUCCCCAAGGCCCAGCUGGCCGAGAUGGCCUCCAGGGUCCCGUGGGGCUCCCCGGUCCAGCUGGCCCCGUGGGCCCCCCCGGAGAAGACGGAGACAAGGGAGAGAUCGGGGAGCCUGGACAGAAGGGGAGCAAGGGGGACAAGGGCGAGCAGGGUCCGCCUGGGCCCACCGGUCCUCAGGGCCCCAUCGGACAGCCAGGCCCCUCCGGAGCCGACGGCGAGCCGGGCCCUCGCGGCCAGCAGGGCCUUUUUGGGCAGAAAGGUGACGAAGGUCCAAGAGGAUUUCCUGGGCCCCCUGGGCCAGUGGGGCUGCAGGGUCUGCCAGGACCUCCCGGAGAGAAGGGCGAGACUGGGGACGUGGGUCAGAUGGGACCCCCGGGCCCCCCCGGCCCCCGAGGACCCUCUGGAGCUCCAGGCGCUGACGGGCCACAAGGGCCUCCGGGUGGCAUAGGCAAUCCCGGUGCGGUGGGAGAGAAGGGUGAGCCUGGUGAAGCUGGAGAGCCUGGCCUGCCUGGAGAGGGGGGCCCUCCGGGACCCAAAGGAGAAAGGGGUGAGAAGGGCGAGUCGGGCCCUUCUGGUGCAGCUGGACCCCCUGGACCCAAAGGCCCUCCUGGGGACGACGGUCCCAAAGGCAGCCCCGGCCCCGUCGGCUUUCCUGGAGAUCCUGGUCCCCCCGGAGAGCCUGGCCCCGCGGGUCAAGAUGGCCCCCCUGGUGACAAAGGGGACGACGGUGAGGCUGGGCAAACGGGAUCCCCGGGCCCUACUGGUGAACCGGGACCGUCUGGGCCUCCAGGAAAAAGGGGCCCCCCCGGCCCCGCAGGCCCCGAAGGCAGACAGGGAGAGAAGGGAGCCAAGGGGGAAGCCGGCUUAGAAGGCCCUCCUGGGAAGACUGGCCCCAUCGGCCCCCAGGGGGCCCCUGGGAAGCCCGGUCCCGAUGGCCUGCGAGGGAUCCCUGGCCCUGUGGGUGAGCAAGGUCUCCCAGGCGCCCCAGGCCCCGAUGGCCCCCCCGGCCCCAUGGGUCCCCCAGGACUCCCCGGCCUCAAAGGAGAUUCUGGCCCUAAGGGGGAAAAGGGUCAUCCAGGCUUGAUCGGACUCAUCGGACCUCCGGGCGAACAGGGUGAAAAGGGCGACCGCGGUCUCCCCGGCCCGCAGGGCUCCUCCGGCCCUAAGGGCGAACAGGGCAUCACUGGUCCUUCCGGCCCGAUCGGCCCUCCGGGCCCUCCCGGCUUGCCGGGUCCUCCUGGGCCAAAAGGUGCUAAGGGCUCCUCGGGUCCCACUGGCCCGAAGGGUGAGGCAGGCCACCCAGGACCCCCCGGCCCGCCGGGUCCCCCCGGCGAGGUCAUCCAGCCCCUGCCGAUCCAGGCAUCCAGGACCCGGCGGAACAUCGACGCCAGCCAGCUGCUGGACGACGGGGCCGGCGAGAGCUACGCGGACUACGCGGACGGCAUGGAGGAGAUCUUCGGCUCCCUCAACUCCUUGAAGCUGGAGAUCGAGCAGAUGAAGCGGCCCCUGGGCACGCAGCAGAACCCCGCACGCACCUGCAAGGAUCUGCAGCUCUGCCAUCCCGACUUCCCGGACGGUGAAUACUGGGUAGAUCCUAACCAAGGCUGCUCCAGAGACUCCUUCAAAGUUUACUGCAAUUUCACGGCCGGAGGGGCGACGUGCGUCUUCCCCGACAAGAAGUCCGAGGGGGCCAGGAUCACUUCUUGGCCCAAAGAAAACCCAGGUUCCUGGUUCAGUGAAUUCAAGCGCGGUAAACUGCUCUCCUACGUGGACGCCGAGGGCAACCCCGUGGGUGUGGUCCAGAUGACCUUCCUGCGCCUCCUGAGUGCCUCCGCCAACCAGAACAUCACCUACAACUGCUACCAGUCGGUCGCCUGGCAGGACGCGGCCACGGGCAGCUACGACAAGGCCAUGCGCUUCCUGGGCUCCAACGACGAGGAGAUGUCCUACGACAACAGCCCCUACAUCCGCGCCCUGGUGGAUGGCUGUGCUACGAAGAAAGGGUAUCAGAAGACCGUGCUGGAGAUCGACACCCCCAAGGUGGAGCAGGUGCCCAUCGUGGACAUCAUGUUCAAUGACUUCGGUGAAGCGUCACAGAAAUUCGGAUUUGAAGUGGGGCCAGCUUGCUUCCUGGGCUAGGAGCCGCGAGCCCGACCCCCGAGAGCAACCUCGUGACCUCAGCGCGCCGUCUGCGGGCGUCCUGGACAGUGAAGGCCCCUCGUCCCUCCCCCGACCUCGUCUGCGCCCGGCUCCACGCCGAGCCGGACCCCAGACCCACAGAGCAAAGGAAGAGAGCGGAGUCCCCACCCCGGAGCCGAAUCACAUGACCUAGACGGCCCACCGCCACCGGCACCCCGCUGUCUCAGCGCCCUUCCGUCGCCACCACGCCACGGGGACGGGAAGGGGGCCACACUUCUUGCCACGGAGCGGGGGUGGGGGCUGCACUAUUCGGAGAUCCCUUUUGUUGUUGGUUUUUUUUUUUAAAUUCAACUUGAAGAUGUGUAUUUCCCCUUCAAAACGUGUUCUGAGGUGAGCCUUGUAAGGGUCAUCCCCACCUUGCCAGAGCGUCUGUUCUCAACUACACGAUCCAUUCGCGGGCGAAAUGUCGUUCCGCAUGUGCCUUUCCGAUGGAUUCAAGGUGCUUCCGUUUUUGUGAGUUUUAAGUAAAUAUUUGUAUUGUAUUGUCAUAAACGUGCAGUGUCCCUGACUUUCGAUCACGCACGGAAACCCAGCUUCAGCCCCGCUGGAGAGUGGGGACAAGGGGUGGGCGGUCCAAUCCCGGCGAGACCUGAGGAGCCCCUGUCCCCACCCUGGCCAGGAACGUGCAAUAAAGUGGAAUAUUGCCCAGGGCGGGAGGUCGUGCUGCCGUUUGACCAGCAGGCGUCCGUGCCCCUCUUCAGACAAUUUUUUGAUGAGCUCUGGAGGGUUUUUUUCUUUUUUAACGGAGAGGAAAAAAAGAAAAAAGAGAGAGAACUCCACGCUUUGCCUUUCCUUCAUGCACUUAGGUUAAAACGCAGGCAUAAAUUAAUUUUAAUUGCUUCCUUUCUCCAUUCUUCUUCCCGCAGAGCCUGACGGGAGAGCGUCCGGGGCAGGGAACCCACACUUUCUGUAGAUGGUCCUUACGUGAUAACUGGUGCUCACUUUUAACUUGUCCUUUGUGGUGCUAUCUGUUCCAAGGAAGGUCUCCUUGAAAGGCGACGCGGGGGUACCUGGCCGUGCCUCACCCUCCCGCCUUGCGUGGUCCCCGUCUUCGCCUCCACGGCGUGGGUCUCCGCCAAGGACGUUAAGGUAGACGCACGCCACCCUCCUGCCCGCUGGGCCCACGCGCUUCUGCGCCCCCAGGUCGCGGCGAGGCCCGUUUCCGGUAUUAGGCUGUGGUUCUGUGAUUUGAAAACACACACACACACACAAAUAAAAGCUGCUUCCCGCACUGUCUGUGUCGUGACGAUAGCAGGUUGUAUCUGGUUGCCGAACGUUUGGUGCUAAUUUCUGUGUCUGUGCUAAGAACUGAAUUGAAGCUGCGGGCGUGGCCCGGCGGGGUGGCCCGGGGGGCCCUCAGCGGACAGGGAGGAGGGCCGUGAGUUCUGCAGGUCUCUGCAGGGCUGCCUCAGGGCCUCCUUCCCACACCGCACUGGAGCUCGGGGCUGGCGGGGCUCUGUCCGGGCACCGUGCCUUCCUCCCACGAGCGAGGGCCGGGGGCUGCCUACUGUGGGCGGGGGACCCGAUGGACCGGCGAGGAUUGGCUGUCCCUUUACUGUGAAAAGCUGCCCUCGUGCCAUGCCCUUUCCCUCCGUGCUGGGGGAAGCGGGUGGGGCCCCCGGGCCCUGCUCAGCCCCCUCGAGGGGAGAGGUGACCGGUCCGGUGCUGUCCCUGCCCACCCCGCCCCGCCAGGGAGACCACAGCAGAGAGCCCUCCGACCCCGGGCGACACGAAAUCACCCACUGGGAUUUCCCGAACUCCCACGGAAACGGAGUCUCGCUGUUGCCAAAGAAAAGCCUGGCUUCGAGGUCCUUUCGCGCCUGGGAUGCCGGCCUGCGCCAAUGACUCUCACGUUUGUCUCUUCCAAAGCAAAGCCAUACGCGAGGACUGCCGAGCGGUGCCCUGCGGGGGUUGUCUAGGUCAUGUGAUUCCGUUUUGAUUCCUCGCCCCUCCCGAGUCUGCUCUUUGUCCUCCCCAUCUUCGUGGUCCCUUCAAAGCUGUCGUCAUUUGUACUGAAGCCAAAUGUGUCCCCUUCUCCCCCGACCACUUUGCUACGGUAUAUUGCAAUAAAAAUUACUUCUUAUAUUUGCAGAAA